CCGAUUAUCAUAUGAUACCUUCAAUUGGAAAGCUAGCAGAGCAUUGCUUCUCGUGUCUGCAGGAGUGUGAUGAAAUUCCUAGUGAUCCUUCAGUGCUAUAUCGCAGUACUCUUUUUCAAUUUGAUAACAAAGUUCUGCCAAAAGUUUUGAGUGCUUAUAAGGAGCUGAAUAUGAAACACGAACCUUUGAAAUUGAUAAUGCCAAGAUUUGAGACUCCACUUGCACCUCUUCAGCCUGCAGUUUUCCCACCAUCUUUCCGAGAACUCCAAAAACCUGCACUUGAGCUUUUUGAUUUAGAUGAAGCUUUCAGCACUGAAAAAGCUAGACUUGCUCAGCUCACCAACAAGUGUACAGAUGAUGAUAUUGAAUAUUUCAUCAGAGAAUGUGGAGAUGUCCUUAAUGUUACUGACAAAUUGCCCAGUAAUAACCGUGAUGGAAAGCAUAUUUUGGAAUAUAUUGCUUCUCAAGUUGCUGAAUUCAAAAAGUUGAAUCAUGGUACUAUGGACUAAGGGAGAUAUCAUAUCUUGCACCUGCUGAGCAUUUGUACAUCGCACUGAACCUGAACUAUGAUAUGAAUGAGCAACAAUGUUAAAAAAAAUUGCAUCUAAGAUAUGUUUUAACUGCAAACUGUUAAAUUAUUAAUUACAAAUAUGAAAUAGCAACAUCGUUAAUUAAAAAUAUGAAAUUCUCUAAGUGAAAUUAUAGAAAAUGCUUUCGAUAAUUAUGCAUUAAAAAUUUUCCUGUAUUUCCAUACUAUUUAGAACUGCGCAUAUUCUCUAGAACAGGGAUGGCACACGCAUGCGACGAAGUUUUAAAGGUGGCACGCGAAGGCUUAUUGAAAAAUUAUAAGAUUUGAAAAACUAAUAUCGUCUGCAUAUACACACAUAAACACAUUAGAAUAAAUAUUAUAAUUCAAUUUCUCUUCAAGGGGUUAAUUGUUGCCCAACUGAACUUCAUAUCCAAAUUAUUGACCUACAGCAGCAUAAUACACUGAAAAGCAAAUAUAAGGAACUUACUUCAACUGCAAGUGGUUCAAAUUAUAUUGAAUUUUCAAACUUGGACCAAGAAGCAAUUUUCCAAAUUUACCCGAUUUGGCUGUCAGAUAUUAUUGUAAGUUUGGAUCAACAUAUGUUUGUGAACAAAUGUUUUCUGUUAUAAUCAAAAUGUCAAGAGUGACUGAUAUGUACCUAAAACAUCUAAUUUUUUUAGCAUCUUCAAGAACCAAUCCUAAUAUAAAUGACUUGGUAAAAAACCACAUUAACUAAGUACUGACAGUUAAAUGGUUGUUUAGAAUUAAAUGUUUCAAAUUGUUCACUUUUAUUUUGUGUAUAACCUGACUGAACCUUUAAAAAUGUUUAUUAAACAUAAAACCAUAGUUUGUA